AGCGUAGUGUAGUUCGGUCAGUUCGUUUUCAUGAUUCUGGCAUGAUUGUCCUACUUUUAUACACACACAAUACGCACAUACCCUGAAUCACGGCAAUGGUCCAAGCAAUUGCAACGGUACGAGGUGAUUCAACAGUGUGUGGUACUGUUACAUUCGAACAAUAUGAUGAGAUAGCGCCAACAACAAUCUCGUGGAGUCUCCGUGGAAACGAUCCCAACAGCGAACGGGGUUUCCACAUCCACGAGUUCGGUGAUAAUACCAACGGCUGUACUUCAGCAGGCCCUCACUUUAAUCCAUUCGGAAAGACGCAUGGUGCCCCGGAUGACCUUGAACGGCACGUGGGUGACUUGGGGAAUUUUCGAACUGAUGGAAAUGGAAACGCAGAAGGGACUAUGCAGGACGGACUGAUUAAAUUAAUUGGACCAGAAAGUAUUAUAGGCCGGACUAUUGUCAUUCACGCUGGCUGUGACGACCUUGGCCGUGGUGGAAAUGUCGAAUCCAAAAAGACAGGAAAUGCGGGUGCGCGGCCUGCCUGUGGGGUAAUUGGACUUGCAGCAGGGCAGUCUACUACGCCAGCCUUCAUUGCAACUCAUCAUUCCUUUGCUCGCCAGCGUGGUGUUCUCUGACUGUUUGAUUCCUAUGUCAUUUCGUAUCUAUAUCUGAUAUUGAUAUGAGGUACUAUCAAGUAGCCAUGUCAGCAAGAUUACAGCCACACCAGACAAGUAUGUCAGUCUAGACUCUGGCUCAACCUAAGGGGCGGAUAUGCCUCGGCUAAUUGUUUAUAUGAUAUUGCAAAAUGAUUGGUUUAUUUAGUGCUCUGAUGUCAACUUUUGUGGCAUAUGAGACGUUAAUAAGAAAGGACAUCGCAAAGUUCUAAGGCAGAUAGGCCGAUCAUAACUACAAAGGCCAGAUAGUAACGUUUUGGUUAAUGCCAUUUUUCACUAUCC